GCUAACGCACUGAUAGCUAUCGAAUAUAUCUCGCAUUUGGAGAAGAUGCUCGGUACUACUCGCCGCGACAAUGAGAUUCUGAGGAGCGAGCUUGACGAGAUGCGGGCGCAACUCAGCCAGCAGCAAGCCAGCAACCAACCUCGCCAGCCAUCGAUUUUCGAGCACCAUUCUAUGACGGCGCAACAGCCGAAUGGACAUGUGCAUGCUCCCAUGUUUUCGGGGUACGCUCCUGGAUCCGGCAUGGCACAGGAGCAGCCUCGUACCCUACCUCCUCUCAUGAACGGGACGGUUGCACCGAUGCAGGGGGUGCAGUAUACGGAUGAACGACGAUAGUCGAUGGGCUAUCGAACACUUUCCAAAACAAAAAAAUGGCAUUGCGACGAAUGCAUUGGUGACGGUUGCUUUUGCAUGACACAGUCUAUUCCCUCCUGUGCCUUAGACAUGCGCUCGGACUUCCCUGUCUGGCUUGUAGAUUUGAUUUGGGUGGCUAUCGUCUUUUUGAGCGACAAUCUGCUUCAUUUUCCGAACCAACUUUUCGUUCCAUGUAUGACACUUGCUCUCGCGACGUGCGCUGGCUUUUUCUGGCUAGCCUCGAGGGCGACACUAUCCCUUAUCAUUUCAUCCUCCUCUCCCGACUUGUUUUUUCUCUCUUGCUUUGCUCCCUUGAACAUCCGACCCUCCGUCAUGCCCCACUGCAUUUGCUUCAACUCUUGGCGAACAGCCUCCCCCCCCUUGGAAAUUGGAUCUGGAUAUGGGAAGUCUUCUUGUAUUGCAGGUGUUGUGAUGGCUCUGCGUGUGUGUGUGCAGGGAGGGUAACAAAAGGGGAACCUGCUGCAGCGGAGUUUGGAAAAGG